CAGAAGUAUACCUGUAACUUAAGCUGCUCUACUCAGUCGCACUCAAAACAAGACAAGAAUGCCUGGUGCAGAGAAGCAACUUUUGAACCACAUGGCUGACGAGGAGCAAAGGCCAUUACCUGGGAGAAGCAACCAUGCUGGAAACCUGUCUCGAUCCGAGAAGAAACUCCAAGAGGCUAUCUGUGUGCUGCUGGUGGAGCUGUGUGAGCGAUUCACGUUCUUUGGCAUUGUCUGCAACAUGAUCCUCUUCUGCACCGUCAAACUUGGCUAUCGCAACUACCAGGCGGCUAUUGUCAACAUGUGCUUUGUGGGCACCUCCAUGUUGACACCAGUACUGGUUGGCUGGCUUGCCGAAUGCCUUGUGGGGAGGAUCAAGCUCGUAUGUAUCUGCAUGUUUCUGCACUUCCUAGGCACAGCCCUAUUACCUGUUGUGGCAUUCCCUUUUGAAGAUAUUUACAUCGACAGACGACAUAUUCUUCAUACCUUAACCAAAAGGGAGCAGAAAAUAGUAUUCUACUUUGCACUGCUCACUGCUAGUCUGGGAAUAGGAGGCAUAAGAGCUAUAGUUUGUCCAUUAAGUGCAUAUAACCUUGAAGACUGUGGACCAAAGGAACUUCUUUCUUUUUUCAACUGGUUUUAUUGGCUGAUUAACUUAAAUUCAGCAGUUGUCUUUGUCAGCAUUUCUUAUAUCCAGCAGUCGGUGGCCAGGAACCUUGGUUUUCUUAUUCCAUUUGUGUCCGUGCUUAUGGCUAUUAUCACAAUUCACAUGGUGCGCGGUGAAAUGAUUUACAAACCCAAAACAGACAGUUCCCUGCUGACGACUUUUGGGGUAAUUGCUAGUGCACUGAAAACGUGCUGUGUGCGAUAUCGCUACUUUAGUGGAGGCGUGACAAGCUGGCUAGAUCAUGCCAAGGAAAACUAUGGUGGUCAGUACAGUGAGACUCAAGUGGAAAGCACAAAGUCACUUGCCAGGCUCUUCCCGUUGUUUGCUUUCCAAAUUCUAUACAGAACAUGUAUUAUGCAGAUUCCUUCAGGAUACUAUCUCCAAACCAUGAAUUCCAACUUGCACUUCAGUGGAUUUGUCUUGCCAGUUGCAGCAAUGAAUGUGAUAAGCAUCGUGCCACUACUGGUUCUUGUUCCAAUUUUGGAAUGCAUUAACUCGUGUCUCUUUAGUUCCAAGGACACUGGACAUUCUCCAACGAUUUACAUUGUUGUAGGUCAGUUAUCUGCUGCACUUUCUGUGAUGGUUGCUGGCUUCUCUGAAAUACACCGAAAGCAUUUCCCUCAGGUGGAGCAGACGCUUUCCGAGGAGGUUCUCCUGGUCUCCUCCAUGCCUUGCUUCCACUUAGCUCCUCAGUACAUCCUACUUGGAGUGGCUGAAGCCUUGGUAACUCCCUCCUGUUCCUUACUUUCAUUCCGGCUUGUGCCAGAAAGAAUUAGAGGGAUUUCCAUGCAUUUUUUAACUCUCUUUAAUGGAGCUGGCUGCUUUAUGGGAGCUUUCUUUGUUCAGACAGCCCAUGCAGGCACUCAAGGCAACUGGUUUCCACACUUGCUGCACGAAGGUAAAUUGGAGAGAUUCUUCUUCUUCUUGGCUUCCUUAAUGAUGGUGAACACCCUGGGGUUCUGGACCAUUGCACACAGAUACAACAACCUGAAUCAGGAAUGUACCAAUGAAUUCAGAGGGAGUCUUCCUGAAGAAAAACUUUUGAAGCAUGAAAAAGCUAUCAAGCAUUAUGAUAGUGUCCUGGAAAGUUCUCCCAUUUUGUCUCCUAUGGAGAAAACUUGAAAAAAUUUCGCUCUUGUUUGACUGAAUAUUGAUUUCGUUACCAACCAGCUUUCUAAUGUUAAAUUACAUAGCAUACUUCAGUGGAACUGCCAAUGUAUUUAUGAAUUAUCUUCGGAAUAAUAAUGUUGUUUAUAAAAUAGCAGUCAUCAUAGGAUUUGGCCUUGUAGGAUGCUGCGCUGUCAUAAUACAUGUCGAGGACAAUGAGAGCUCACUGCUUGGCAUGGCUGAUGGAGAAAGGCUUUUAAUCUCUAGGGAAAUAGAUAGGUAUCCACAUA